AAAUGAUUAAUACUGAAAACAUUUAAAUUAUUUUUUCUUAAUAAUAUUUUAAUAACUCGAUGUUGAACUUGUAAUAUAAUCUAUUGUUAAUAUCUGUUGAAAACCUGUAUCUAUUGUUAUCUGAAUAAAACAAAUCAAGUAAUCUUUAAUCUCAUAAAUAGAGAAAAAAAGAAGAAUUAUGGAUGAUGAUACAGAAAUUUGUAAAUAUGGCACACCCUUGGAACCAUUGGAUGAAGAAGAUGAUGAGGAAGAAAUUUCAACUGAGUUGUGGCAGGAAGCCUGCUGGAUCGUUAUUAAUGCUUAUUUCGAUGAAAAGGGUUUGGUUAGGCAGCAACUUGAUAGUUUUGAUGAAUUCAUUCAAAUGUCUGUUCAAAGAAUUGUUGAAGACUCACCUGCCAUUGAUUUACAAGCUGAAGCACAACACACAUCAGGAGAAAUUGAAAAUCCACCAAGAUAUGUAUUAAAAUUUGAACAAAUUUAUUUGUCGAAACCUACACAUUGGGAAAAGGAUGGUGCUCCAAGUCCUAUGAUGCCUAAUGAAGCAAGGCUUAGGAAUUUGACUUAUUCUGCUCCAUUGUAUGUAGAUAUAACUAAGACAAUAAUUAUGGAUGGCAAAGACCCAGUGGAAACCCAGCAUCAAAAGACAUUUAUUGGUAAAAUUCCAAUAAUGCUCAGGUCAACAUAUUGUUUAUUAAGUGGAUUAACUGAUCGUGAUUUAACUGAGUUAAAUGAAUGUCCAUUAGAUCCCGGAGGUUAUUUUAUAAUUAAUGGUUCUGAAAAGGUACUUAUUGCUCAAGAAAAAAUGGCCACCAAUACUGUAUAUGUAUUUAGCAUGAAAGAUGGCAAAUUUGCAUUUAAAGCUGAAAUUAGGUCAUGCCUGGAACAUAGCUCAAGACCCACAUCUACUCUCUGGGUAAACAUGAUGGCUCGUGGUGGUCAAAGUAUAAAAAAAUCAGCAAUUGGUCAACGAAUUAUAGCUAUUUUACCGUACAUUAAACAAGAAAUACCUAUAAUGAUUGUUUUUAGAGCUUUGGGUUUUGUUGCUGAUCGUGAUAUUUUAGAACAUAUAAUUUAUGACUUUGAUGAUCAAGAAAUGAUGGAAAUGGUAAAACCAUCACUUGAUGAAGCAUUUGUUGUACAAGAGCAAAAUGUUGCUUUGAAUUUCAUUGGUGCUCGUGGUGCGAGGCCAGGUGUUACUAAGGACAAACGUAUAAAAUAUGCUAGAGAAAUUUUGCAGAAAGAAAUGUUGCCACAUGUUGGUGUAUCAGAUUUUUGCGAGACUAAAAAGGCAUAUUUCUUAGGUUACAUGGUGCAUAGAUUACUGUUAGCUGCGUUAGGUAGAAGGGAAUUAGAUGAUCGUGAUCAUUAUGGAAACAAGCGUCUAGAUUUGGCUGGACCUCUUCUUGCUUUUUUGUUUAGAGGCUUAUUCAAAAAUUUGAUGAAAGAGGUACGGAUGUAUGCUCAGAAAUUUAUUGAUCGAGGGAAAGAUUUUAAUUUAGAACUUGCUAUAAAAACAAAAAUUAUAACAGAUGGUUUGAGAUAUUCUUUAGCUACAGGAAAUUGGGGUGAUCAGAAAAAAGCACAUCAGGCAAGAGCAGGAGUGUCACAGGUGUUGAAUAGACUUACUUUUGCUUCAACUUUGUCUCAUUUGAGACGUGUGAAUUCACCAAUCGGCAGAGAUGGCAAACUGGCGAAGCCUCGACAGCUUCAUAACACGUUGUGGGGUAUGAUUUGCCCUGCUGAAACUCCAGAAGGAGCUGCUGUAGGACUUGUGAAAAAUUUGGCGCUCAUGGCGUAUAUUAGUGUCGGAUCCCAGCCUUCGCCUAUAUUAGAGUUUUUGGAGGAAUGGUCUAUGGAAAACUUAGAGGAAAUUGCACCUAGUGCUAUUGCGGAUGCUACUAAAAUAUUUGUAAAUGGAUGUUGGGUGGGUAUUCACAGAGAUCCAGAACAACUCAUGACAACACUCAGAAAACUUCGCCGCCAGAUGGAUAUAAUUGUUUCUGAAGUGUCUAUGAUUCGUGAUAUUAGAGAUAGAGAAAUACGUAUUUACACUGAUGCUGGGCGUAUUUGUAGACCAUUGCUUAUUGUUGAAAAUAGAACUUUAUUAUUGAAGAAAAGACAUAUUGAUAUGUUGAAAGAAAGGGAUUACACCAAUUAUGGUUGGCAAGUAUUAGUGGCUUCUGGUGUAGUUGAGUACAUUGACACUCUAGAAGAAGAAACUGUUAUGAUAGCGAUGUCUCCAGAUGAUCUUAGGCAAGAAAGGGCUUAUGCUUAUUGUACAACUUACACACAUUGCGAAAUCCACCCAGCUAUGAUUUUGGGGGUCUGUGCUUCUAUUAUUCCUUUUCCUGAUCAUAAUCAAAGUCCUAGAAAUACUUAUCAGAGUGCUAUGGGUAAACAAGCUAUGGGAGUAUACAUUACAAACUUUCAUGUUAGAAUGGAUACUUUGGCACAUGUUUUAUAUUAUCCUAUGAAACCAUUGGUAACCACUAGGUCUAUGGAAUAUUUGAGAUUCAGAGAAUUACCAGCAGGAAUUAAUUCUAUUGUAGCAAUUUUAUGUUACACGGGAUAUAACCAAGAAGAUAGUGUUAUUUUAAAUGCUUCAGCUGUCGAAAGAGGAUUUUUUAGAUCAGUGUUCUAUCGUUCAUAUAAAGAUUCUGAAACAAAGCGUAUGGGUGACCAAGAAGAGCAGUUUGAAAAGCCAAAUAGACAAACAUGUCAGGGAAUGCGUAAUGCUCUCUAUGAUAAAUUAGAUGAAGAUGGAAUAAUAGCACCAGGAAUACGUGUAUCAGGGGAUGAUGUUAUUAUUGGAAAAACCAUUACUCUUCCUGAAAAUGAUGAUGAGCUUGAAGGCACAACAAAACGUCAUACAAAGAGAGAUGCUUCAACCUUCUUAAGAAACAGUGAAACUGGAAUUGUGGAUCAAGUUAUGUUAACUCUUAAUAGUGAAGGAUACAAGUUUUGCAAAAUUCGAGUAAGAUCAGUUCGUAUUCCACAAAUUGGUGAUAAAUUUGCUUCUCGGCACGGACAAAAAGGAACAUGUGGAAUACAAUAUAGACAAGAGGAUAUGCCAUUUACUUGUGAAGGUUUGAUGCCAGAUAUCAUAAUUAACCCACAUGCUAUCCCUUCUCGUAUGACAAUUGGGCAUUUAAUUGAAUGUAUUCAGGGAAAGUUGGGUGCAAAUAAAGGUGAAAUCGGUGAUGCAACGCCAUUUAACGAUGCUGUUAAUGUGCAGAAAAUAUCAACAUUGCUUCAAGAAUAUGGAUAUCACUUAAGAGGUAACGAAGUUAUGUACAAUGGACAUACAGGAAGAAAAAUCAAUGCUCAGGUCUUUUUGGGACCUACAUACUAUCAACGUUUGAAACACAUGGUGGAUGACAAAAUUCACUCGAGAGCUAGAGGACCUGUGCAAAUUUUGGUACGACAACCUAUGGAGGGCAGAGCACGUGAUGGUGGUUUGCGUUUUGGAGAAAUGGAACGGGACUGUCAAAUAUCUCAUGGAGCUGCACAGUUCUUACGAGAAAGGCUGUUUGAAGUUUCUGAUCCUUACAGGAUACAUGUUUGCAACUUUUGUGGUUUGAUAGCUAUUGCAAACUUGAGAAGUAAUACUUUUGAGUGCAAAGGCUGCAAAAACAAAACUCAGAUUUCUCAAGUACGUCUACCAUAUGCUGCCAAACUAUUGUUUCAAGAACUGAUGUCAAUGAAUAUAGCACCAAGGCUUAUGGUAUUAUAACAUUCUUCACAUCAAAAAGUUUAUCAAACUUAUUUUAUUACGGCAGACACAUGUAAUAUAAUUUUACAUUUAUCCACAUUUGGCUUUUUUAUUUAAUAUUUUAUACUAAAUUUAUUUGCCAAAUCACCAAACUUACUACAAUUACUUAUUAUUUGCUAAAAUUACUAAAUUUACUUACCAUAUCACCAAAUGCAAUGUGCAGACUAAUUCAAAGAAGUGCAAAGUCAGUUUGAAUCAGUUUGCUUUAAUUUGGGCUCGGAUGGAACGAACCCAAUGUCAUACAUUGCUAUAUAUGUAGAAUUUUGUAAUAUGAGUGGAACGAAUAUUAAAUGUUAAAAAUGAAUAAACUGCACUCAGUUUUUUUGCACACACAUUAUUU